AUGUCAGAGAAUUGUGAUACAACAACUCCAUUAGUAAAAGACAAAGAAGUGAACAAUAUCAGUUUGCUAUCUAAUGCACCUUCAUCUUCUACUGAUACAAUUGGUAUUCCAAGGCAUAAUUCUAUUUCAAAAAGUAGUGAAAGAAAAAUAUCAAAAUAUUAUGAUAAACAAAAAGAAUUAUUAGAGGCAUUCAAAGAGGAUGAAGAACAGAUACAAAAAAGUAAUAGGAGAAGACAUAUCUCAGCAUGUAGUGGUACAUUAGAACAACAAACUUUUAAAGAGGAAGAUAAAUUACUACCUAACUGUCCAGUUAAAACUUCAACUGACAAUGGAAAUUGUCUUAAAACAUCCUCAAAUAAUUCAUCCAGAAAAUCAUCACAAGAAAUUGUUCCAGCUGUAACGUGUUAUCAUGCAAAUGACACAUCAGAUGAUGACAGUAAACGUGAAGAUAAAGCAGCUAAGAGAUUGGCUUUUAUAACACUUAUCGUUAAUAUUACACUUUUAAUAAUUAAAGCAAUUGCCUCAUAUCUUUCUGGAUCAUUUUCAAUUAUUUCAUCAUUUGUUGAUUCUGCUGUAGAUAUUACUUCUGGUCUUGUUAUAUGGUUAACUGUUCGUGCCAUUAAAAAACGUGAUCCUUAUCUUUAUCCUCGUGGUAGAACACGUCUUGAACCGUUAGCUCUUAUUAUAGUAUCUGUUAUAAUGGGUGUUGCUUCACUACAAAUGAUUAUUCAAUCAUUGAAAUCUAUAAUAGAAAAAAGCAUUGACCCACAUGUUGGUUUUAUUUCUGCUGGCAUUAUGAUAUCAACAAUUAUUAUCAAAUUUAUUUUAGUAAUCGUUUGCCAGCGAUUCAAAGGUAAUGCAUCAAUUGAUGUAUUGGCACAAGAUCACCGUAAUGAUUGUAUCUCAAAUUUUGUUGCUUUACUUUGUGCUGUUGGUAGUAGAUAUUUAUGGAUAUAUCUUGAUCCAAUAGGAGCUAUAAUUGUUUCAUUGUACAUUGCUUAUACGUGGUUUUCUACUGGAAAAGAGCAAAUGAAAAUUCUUAGUGGUCGUUCAGCUAGUCCAGAUUUUAUCAAUAGAAUUAUUAAGAUCUGCCUUGAUCAUGAUGAUCGAAUAAAUUUUAUUGAUACAGUAUAUGUAUACCAUUUUGGUACUAAAUUUUUGGUUGAAGUUCAUGUAGUUUUGGAUGAAAAUAUGUUAUUAAAAGAGGCUCAUGAUAUUUCUGAAGCAUUACAAAUUAACAUUGAAGCUUUAAAUGAUGUUGAAAGAGCUUUUGUUCAUUGUGAUUAUGAAUAUGAUCACUCCCCAACUAUUGAACAUAAAGUAGUUUAA